GCCGCCGCACUGACGUCACGCGGGCGGCGCCGCCGAGCGCGCGCGGCCCGUGCACGGCCAUGGGCGCUGCGGCGGAGCUGGACCGGACGCUGUUCGUGGGGAACCUGGACCCGCGCGUCACCGAGGAGCUCAUCUUCGAGCUGUUCCACCAGGCGGGCCCGGUAAUUAAGGUGAAGAUCCCCAAGGACCGGGAUGGGCGCCCCAAGCAGUUCGCGUUCGUGAACUUCAAGCACGAGGAAUCCGUCCCGUACGGGCUCAACUUGUUGAACGGGAUCAAGUUGUACGGGCGGCCCAUCAAGAUCCAGUUCCGAUCAGGAAGCAGCCACGCGGCUCAGGAGUCUUGUUCCCCACACGGCACCACCGGCACCAGCCCCUUGGGCGUGCCGCACCCAGCAUCCACCGGUAGCAGAUAUGACAGGAGUCCUGAUGGCAUGGUACCGGCAGGGUUCCCAUCAACGCAGCGGUCUCUGCCGACGGCUGACAACCUCCAGAGACAGGCGAUGCUGAAGAGCACCUCGUGGCCACAGCCUCAUUUCGGGGGCAAGUACGAGCAGCCUGGCUUCAGCCCUCCCGGCUACCAGACCCCUGCGCACAGCUACCACCCCACCCCAGGCUGCUCACUGCCACGGCACCCAGAGCUGCUGCGCAAGGGCCGGCUGGCCGCCCACCCCUACCACCCCGACGGGCGGCACGGCAGCCGCGAGCAGCCCCGCUUUGGGGAGCGUGGCCAUGAUCACGAGCACCGCUACCGCGCCAGCAGAGAGGAGCCUGGCUACGACGACCGGCACCGGGAUAGCUGGAGCCACGACUACCGGAGAGAGCCCAGGUGGCACCAGGCUCGGCAUUAGCCCCUCGGAGGGGGCUUUGAUGGACUCCAUGGGACAGAAAGCGCAACCCCUUUCUUACCAAGUAUAUGUGUGAAAAACCCACACACACAACCCGACAGCGUUACCUUUUAAUGUUUGUACAAGUCCCAGCAGCAGUCCCGAAACCGGAAUCUCCACUUUGAACGUGUUAAUUGUACCUCAGGGCUUUUCACGGGGGAACCAGUGGUCUGGGGCAGCGGCAGCCGUUUGCUGAUGUGACGGAGAAGCCGCCAACGCCGUUUGUGUGCCAUGGGAAGGCGCCGUGUCCGUUUCCUGGUGUCUUUAAUAUCUCUGGUGGUGUCAUGGAUACAGAACACUCGGGUGUCUCAGAGAAAAGCAUUAAAUCCUCCCUGGAAACCC